AUGGAGGGUAGAUCUCGGACGCCGCCACCCCCGCUCAGGACAUCCAGUACAGCUGCCUUACAAUAUCGGAAUGAAUUCAGCCAAAAGUUGAAUAAACCACUCCCACCAACGCCGUUGGAAGAGGAGAGGAGAGAAAGGAAGAAGAGUAAAAGCAAGUUGCCGAAAUUCAAGCCAACUGUUAUGCCGACUAUCUCGGCCCCAUUGAGUGUCUCACACAAAGUGCACAUCACUGUGGAUCCGGUCACCGGUGAUUUUGAGGGAAUGCCUCCUGAAUGGAGCGAGAUCCUUGGUGUGUCCGGACUGACAAAAGCGGAACAACAACAGAACCCUUGCGUUCUAUUAAAUGUACUAAAUAUUCUAUCCAACAGGGAUUACGAUAAGGAAAAGUUCAUGCUUUCUUGUGACCAAGGAAAUACAGACUCAUCACCAACUGGACAAUGCCCAUUUCUUGGCGAUACAAAUGUAACAACAGGGAGUUGCUUUUCCUCUCCACAUCACGGGAAACUUACCACUACCGAGACAGAAACACUGCCAUAUUUCACACGUAUUUCCGGACAACAAAGUGCUGUUGGUGCACGAAGUAGCAGUCUGAGCAGUGGACGAGGCAGCAGUGAAGGUGUAGGAAGUCGUAGCGGUAGUGGUAGUGGUGGCGCGGUUAGUCGCAGUAGCAGUAGUGGUCAUGGUGCCGGUGUAGGUCCUCUUGCGGCUCCGAGCAUCGCGACAAACGAACGUAGCUCUGCUCCUGGUCCAAAUGCCACAAUCCCGUCUGUUAGUCACAGUAGUUCCGGGAGUAAUUGUAGCACAGGAAGCCUGACAGCGAUCGGCCCCGGAAUGGAGUUGACUUCAGCCGUGAACCAUCGAAGCAUUCCUACCAGUCUGCCCACGAGUAUGUGCUCAAAUCAUCAAUUUUGCGCCUCUAUGACCAACUCCUCUCGGACCGUACCAACUGGACCGGGGGGACAUUCGUUGACGAAUGCUGACUUCGCCGUUCUCCCAAACUAUUCGACUUCGCACAUGACACCACAGCCUCCACUCCCUCCCCUGGCCCAUGUGCCGAGUACAGCGCAUGGUGUUCAGCCAUCAUACGCAUCACCAGCGGCGGUUGAUGGAAAAUCGGAUCCAAGAUUGACCACCUCCGUGGCCAAUAAAGAUUAUCACACUCGGAUGAAUACAGUUGUUCCACACGGUCUAAAUGACUCUCCGUACGUACAACGCGCAGGUUACCCGAAAGGGCAAGCUGCACCUAGGGCUCAAUGGCAAUCCACCCUAGCUGGGCCGCCUCCAUUGUCUCCUGGCUUGCCAAGACGAUUUGCUGACGGCAUUUUACCACCAGAAACGGCUGCUCACAUCCAGUAUUCGUCCGGUCAAUCUUCACCAUCACCGGCAGGUUCUGUGACCCCGGUACCCACACCACGUCGCGAAUCGCUGUCCACUAACACAGUUCCGGCCCGAGCUGGACCUAACUACACCGUUCCAGGUGUAUCAACCAUGGCCUCUGAGGCGAUUCGGGGUGGACCAGUCAAUUACAAUUUGGCACCUCCGCCCAUAGCGACACGACCCGAGAAAACCAAAUCAAUCUAUACACAACCCGUUGAUCCAACUGCCGAGGAGAAUUUCGUUCCACAGUCUACCCCCGUUCGAGAGUCCUCCUUACAUCGUGGUCUGGCAACCUCAAACGAUUAUGAGACGGAGCCCUCAACCUCACCACCCUCAGUUCCCCCAACUCAGACCUAUUCACCACCACUUCCCACUGUCCCAGCCGGUACACUGAACACCACCACACCGGCAGAUGACAAGAAUAAUUCGGCAACUGAAGUGCUCGCAGACAACCGAGACAAUGGUAAAGAGGUAUCGGCAACGUUGGAGCGCCAUCCACAGAAAAAGACCCGGCCCAAACUGAGUGAUGAUAAAAUUCAAGAGAAAUUGCGCUUGAUUGUUAGUAUUGGUGAUCCGAAACGGAAAUACAAACGACAAGAAGUCAUCGGUCAGGGAUAUUCCUGCAAGCUUGAACAGGAAGCUGUCACGGGUCCGUACACCGACUUGUCCGUGGCUUUCCCUGUCCCCGCAAUAGUUGAAUGUGUGUGCGCUUAG